GAGCGUUUUAGUAACAUUAAUAAUUUAAAAUUCGUCAGUCGGGUGUAGAAUCUCUUCAAACAACCGUUAUGGAAUUUUUAUUUAGAUCGGCAGUAUGUUUCCAACAAAUUGGAACGAUGGAUACAAAGAGGUGGUUGUCUUGGAAUAAUGAUGAAACAUUGAGAUUGGCAUUAAAAAAAUUUGGAAGGACCCAGAAACAAUUAAACCAAGAUAUGCAGAUAAUGAAAGAUUGGCUGAAGACCCAACACCAUCUUCCAGAAACUGGUAGUGACUCGUUAAUAAAGAACUUUUUACUGGUAAACAAAUGUAGCAUUGAACAAACAAAGCAGAAAAUGGACAUGUACUACACAAUUCGACAUUUGAUGCCAGAAAUUUAUGAACAUUCCAACAUGAAUUUGUCGCAUAUGAAAAAAGUUGCUGACGAUAUAUAUUUCUUCCCACUACCAAGACGGACUGAAGAGGGAUACAGAGUAUCGGUGGCAAAAAUCCUUAGCACAAAUACCGAAAACUUCGACUUUUAUACAUGUUUGGCAUACGGUUUUAAUUGCAUGGAAGUGAGGUUACAAGAAGAUAUAAUAUUUGAAGAUGUUUUCAUUAUCGAUUUUAUAAAUAUCAGACUUUCGCAUAUAUUUAAGGUGUCUCCAUUCCAUUUAAAGAAAAUGGUUACCAUUCUAGAAAAAGUCUUUUCCAACAAAAUGAGGCAGUUCCAUUUUGUAAAUUGUCCACCUAUUGCCGUGAACUCUAUUAACCUACUUAAGCAACUAAUGAAACCAAAAUUAGCACAAAGGACAUAUGUUCACGAAGGAGUUGACACCCUGGCAGAUAUAAUUUCUCUAAAAGUUUUACCUAAAGAUUAUGGUGGUUUGGAACUAUCUCUAAGUGAACUCAAUCAAAUUUGGCAACAUAAACUUGAAGAAUUUUCAGACAGAUUCAACGUUCUAGAGAAACUUAAAACCAAUGAAGGUUUAAGGCCUGCAGCAUUACAGAACGAUGAGAUAUUGGGAUAUCACGGCAAUUUUAGAAAAUUAGAUAUGGAUUAAUUUAUUUUUAUGUCAUAUUAUAUUGGAGAGAGAAGGAGAAAAAGAGAAUAAAGAUAAAAAAUUACAGUUUUAUGUAAUAAUGCAUGUUAUCAAAUAUUUAUUCAUUUAUGUAGAUUUUACUUGUAUAUAUAUUUUUUU